GCCAGUUUUAACCAGUUCACAGCUUUUAUAAGGUGUGGGAUGAAUGGGAUCCUGUGAGUGCCAGAGGGAACCCAAGCCUGUGGCUGCCGGUGCCGGUGGCUGUGCGAGUCCACAUGCCCGGGGCGGGUGGCAUGGCUCUCCAGGAGGCAGGGACCUGCUCACAACCCAGACCAGACUGGAGCAACCCCGGAGCUCCCUCACAGGCUUUGGGCUGCAGCAUCUUCCCUUCCAGGAUGGCCCCAGCGGCCAGACGAGCUGAUGCUGCCCCGCGGCAGGAUGGGGGGGAUGUCUCCUGCCCCCUGCUCUUCAUCCAGCUCAACCAGCUCCUCAGCACCCCGGAGGGGAUGGAGUGGAGGGAGAUGGCCAGGUGGAUAAAGUUCGAGGAGAAGGUGGAGGAUGGCGGGGAGCGCUGGAGCGCGCCCCACAUCCCAGCCCUCCCCCUGCACAGCCUCUUCCAGCUGAGGACAUGCCUGGAAAAGGGGACGGUGCUCCUGGACCUGGAUGCCGCCAGUUUCAAGGAAAUAAUCGAUAAGGUGCUGCCUGGGCAUCCCGAGGAAGCAGAGCUGCAGCCCGCACUGAGGGAACGCCUGGCAGCCCUCCUGCUCCUCCAGCCACGGCACCAGCCCACGAAAUCCCUGCUGCAGCUCCUCGCCGAGCUCGCCCUCUCUCCUUGCCGAGAGAAGGCCAAAGGCAGCUCUGAGCCCGGAGCCCAGGUCUCCAAAACGCCUCUUAAGGAGCAACUGAGAAACCGCUUUAGGAAGAAGAUCCCACCGGGAGCUGAAGCUGCCCACGUUGCUGUCGGUGAAGUGGAAUUCCUGGAGAAGCCCUUCACCGCCUUCAUUCGCCUCAGGCACGGGGUGUCCCUCGGCUCGCUGGCUGAAGUUGCUCUCCCCAGCAGGUUCCUCUUCAUCCUGCUGGGUCCCCCCAAAGUGAAAGCCUACCAGGAGGUUGGCAGGGCCAUGGCCACGCUGCUGAUGGAUGAGCUCUUCCAAAGGGUUGCCUGGCAGGCUGAGCACCGAGAGGACCUCAUCACAGGGAUGGAGACGUUCCUGGAUGAGCUGAUUGUGCUUCCUCCUGGGAAAUGGGACCCCAGUGCCCGAAUUCCUCCGCCGAGCUCUCUGCCAUCUCUGUGCAGGAGGUGGGCUGAGGGGGCACCCCAACCUCUGCCAACCCCUCUGCAGGGUCCUGGGGGAGCCAGCCCAGGGCACCCCCGCUCCGGGGAGGAGCUGGAGAGGACGGGCAGGCUUUUCGGGGGGCUGCUGCGAGACAUCCGGAGGAAGGCACCGUGGUACGGCAGCGACUUCUCUGACGCCCUGCACCCCCAGUGCCUCUCGGCAGUGCUCUACAUCUACCUGGCCACGGUCACCAACGCCAUCACCUUCGGGGGCAUGCUGGGGGAUGCCACUGCCAACAUGCAGGGGGUGCUGGAGAGCUUCCUGGGCACGGCCUUUGCUGGCUUCAUCUUCUGCCUCUUUUCGGGCCAGCCCCUGACCAUCCUGAGCAGCACGGGCCCCGUGUUGGUCUUUGAGCGCCUCCUCUUCUCCUUCAGCCAGGACUACAGCCUGGACUACCUGGAGUUCCGCCUCUGGAUUGGGCUCUGGGUGGCCUUUUUUGGCGUGGUGCUGGUGGCCACUGAGGCCAGUCACCUGGUGAGGCACUUCACCCGCUUCACCGAGGAAGGUUUCUGCGCUCUCAUCAGCCUGAUAUUCAUCUACGACUCGCUGAAGAAGAUGCUGAGCCUGGCAGAUGCCUUCCCCGUCAACUGGCAGUACCGGCUGGACAACGUCACCUCCUACAGCUGCACCUGCAACUUGUCCAGCCCCGGUCACAGUUCUGCAGGGAAUGACACGCUGCUGCCCUCGGCCCUGCUCCCCCCACAGCCUCCCACCACCCCAGAGGGGAUGAGCAGGACCCAGUGCCUGGACCGAGGCGGGCACCUCCUGGGCAGCAGCUGUGAGUACGUGCCCGAUGUCACCCUCCUCUCCUUCCUGCUCUUUGGGGGCACCUUCCUCUCCUGCGCCGCCCUCAAGCGCUUCAGGAGCAGCCGCUACUUCCCUGCGGGGGUGCGGAAGGUGGUGAGCGACUUCGCCGUCAUCCUGGCCAUCCUCACCGCCUGCGCUGUCGAUGCCGCCCUGGGCCUGGAGACCCCCAAGCUCCUUGUCCCCAGCGAGCUGAAGCCCACAAACCCCGCACGGGGCUGGAUCAUCAUCCCCUUCGGAGCCAACCCAUGGUGGGUGUGCCUGGUGUCUGUGGUGCCCGCCGUCCUCGUCACCAUCCUCAUCUUCAUGGACCAGCAGAUCACAGCCGUCAUCCUGAACCGCAGGGAGUACAAGCUGCAGCACAUCCCGAUGCCGGUGCUGUACGGGGUGUUCCUGCACAUGGGGGUGGCGGCGCUGAACAGCAUCCAGCUCCUGGAGCGUGUGCGGCUGCUACUGAUCCCGGCCAAGCACCAGCCAGACCUCCCGUUCCUCCGCCACGUCCCCCUGCGCCGGGUGCACCUCUUCACCGUCAUCCAGCUGCUCUGCCUGGCCCUGCUCUGGGUCCUCAAGUCCACAACGGCCGCGAUUAUUUUCCCGGUGAUGCUGCUGGCGCUGGUGGGGAUCCGGAGGGGGCUGGAGCGCAUCUUCCCCCCGCACGACCUGGAGUGGCUGGACGGGCCCCCGCCCGGGCCGGGGGCGGCGGGGACGGAGCGCCGGGAGCGGCCGGAGCGGGGCGGCGGCGCCCAGGAGCCCCUGAUUGACGUCCCGGCGGACCAAUUGUCUCGCGGAGAGUUCAGGAAGCGGGGCGGGGCGGAGCGCUCUGACCGCCUGGGCGUGCGCUCUCAGGGCAGCAUGCUGGGAGCGCGUGACGCGACGCUGACUGACGUGCCCCUCAGCCAAUAG